UGCUCCGCUCGCCGCGCAAGUCGUUCCCAUGGCAACCGGGAGCGGAGUGAGGCCUAAGGACCGAGGCGAGGCCUGAGAAGCGAUGCCCGGGGCCAGUGACACCAUAUGGGAUAUUGCGAAAGCCGAAGUUGAGAAAAGAGAAAGCCAUGAAGGCGAUAGAGAUGGCCUGGAAUGUUGGGAAAGAUCCUUAUUCUUUUUAGGAAAUAAAAAUGGGGGAAAGACUACUAUUAUACUGAGGUGCCUUGACAGGGAUGAAAUUCCAAAACCAACACUAGCUCUGGAAUAUACUUUUGGAAGAAGAGCAAAAGGGCACAAUACACCAAAAGAUAUUGCUAAUUUUUGGGAACUAGGCGGUGGAACUUCAUUGUUGGACCUAAUUCCUAUUCCAAUAACCACAGCUAACAUAAGAACAUUUGCAAUAGUUCUUGUCUUGGACCUUUCAAAACCGAACAAACUCUGGCCAACCAUGGAGAGCCUCCUGCAAGUCACUAGGAAGCAUGUGGACAGAGUUAUAACAAAACUGGGACAAACUAAUCCUAAAGCAGCUACUGAAAUAAAGCAGAAAAUGUGGAAUAACUUGCCAAAGGAUCAUCCAGAUCGUGAGCUGAUUGACCCCUUUCCAAUUCCACUAGUUGUAAUUGGAAGCAAAUAUGAUAUGUUUCAUGAAUUUGAUUCUGAAAUGAAAAAAAUAAUAUGCAAAACACUUCGAUUUGUUUCUCAUUAUUAUGGAGCAUCUUUAGUGUUUACCAGCAAAUCUGAAGCUCUACUAUUAAAAACACGUACACUCAUUAACCACUUGGCAUUUGGCUUUGAUCGAGGAAAAUCUGUGUCUUUGGAGCAGAAUAAACCACUAUUUAUUCCAGUAGGAAUGGACUCUCUUAGUCAAAUAGGGCCCCCGCCUGCUGCUGACAGUGAUAUUGGAAAAUUGCAUGCCCAGUCACCGGUAGACUUAUGGAAGAAAGUGUUUGAGAAUGCAUUUCCACCCAAGAGUGUUGGUGUUUUUAAAGAGGUCAAUGAUCCUGCGCAGGAUCCACAGUAUGCUGAAUAUGAAGUUGAUGUUAUGCGAGGUCAGAAGAAUCAGGAACUAGAACAGUACAAAAAAAAUGCCUCUAAAACUUGGAAAGAAAUGGACUUUGAUUCUUGACUGAGAAACAGGUGCCUCAACCAGAUUUCAACUUCAUUGCUGUGUUUUGAACAUUUAAGUUGGUUUGUGUAAGUUUUGUGUGUACAGUAAAUCUAAAUGAUUCACCAGAAGUAUGUUUAUUAUUGUUGAUAACAAAAGGGAAGUGAAUUUGUGAA